AUGGCAAAAUCCGGUAAACGGAAGAAUGCGGGGGUCGGCAUCGACUUCAAGCGUGCCAAGCACAAGGUUGGGCGCAAGCUGCCCGCCGCCGCGAACGCCACCGACACGACCAUCAAGUCCGCCACCAUCUCGCUGGGGCAGCAGAGCAUGGCCGUGGACCGUGCGGGGCAGGCUGUCACCGCACGAAACCUGACGCUCAAGACGCUGGCCCAGUGCUCGCACUACUCCGAGAAAGUACGGCGGGACGCGCUGGAGGGCCUGGCCCAGCUGGCGCAUGCCGACGCGCGCGCCUUCCGGCGCGGCGCCUCGGCCGUGGUGGACGCCGUCGCGGCGCGGCUGGGCGACGCCGAAGCCAGCGUGCGCGCCGCGCUGCUGUGCACGCUGCGCGAGGCGGUGCUGCCCGCCCUGGGUGGCGACGCGCUGGCGCCCUUUCUUCCGCGCCUGAUGGCCGCUCAGGCCGCGGCGCUGACGCACCUGGGCGGUGCCGUGCGCGCCGACGCGCUGCGCAGCCUGCAGGCGCUCGCCGAGGCCGCGCCGGCCGCGCUGGGCCCCGCCCACCUGCCCGGCAUCCUGCGCCACUUCUGUGCGCUGCUCUCCCGCUCCGCGCGCGGCCGGACGCUGCAGGCUGGAUCGCUGACCUCGCUGGGCGAGACCCUGGCCUGCCUGGAGAUGCUGCUGGGCAGGGUGGCUGCUGCGAGCGGGGAUGGAACGGAACCGGAAGCACCUGGCCCCGCGGUCACCACUAGUCCGCGCUGCCGCUGGGCGCCCAGGGUCCCGGACGUGGCUGCCACGGCGUGGGGCUCCUUGGCGGACACCACGCCCAUUGCGACGACUACCGCAGCCUCCGGCCGUCAAGGCCCGCAUCGCAAGGCGCGGGGCGAGGCGGUGGAGCUCCUCUCGCACCUCCUGGCCGCCUGGAGCGAGUGCGGGGCGGACUCGCUGGCCGCCGACCCCGCCGAGCUCCCUGCGCGCUGCCUGGGCUCCAUCUGCCGCUGCCUGUCCCUGGUGCUGGACGUCUGGGGCCUGGGCCUGGCGUACGUGAGGCCGGCGGUGGACGGCGGCGUCGCCACCACGAUGGCGCGGCGCGGCGCACGCCACUCACCACCCACGCCCGCCGAUCUCAUCCUGCGCCGGCUGGCCCCCGCGCUCCCCGUGCCGCGGCCGGGCGUGGCCAUGGGCGCGGGCACGCUGGCGGCGCUGGUGGACCUCAACGUUGCCGGCGCGGUGCUCCUCGCCCGCUUCCUGGCCGCGGCCUUCGCGGACUCGCGGGGCGCGGGGCCGGCAGGCCAUGAGGCCUGGUCGGCGCGGCUGCUGGCCUGGAUCGCGGGCGUGCUGGAGGCGGACGCCGCGGUGGGCCCGAGUCCUAAGAAAGAAGGAAGUACAGGCCCCACGCUGGCGCCGGGGGCCUACGCCGCCGUGCUGCGGGGCGUGGCCCAGGCCCUGCCCCUCCUCCCGCCGCCCAACCGCCGGAGGUUGGUGCGCGCGGCGCUGGCGCUGGCCGGCCGCUCGCCGCCGGACUCGGCCGCCUUUGCGGCCGUGGCCGCCGUGUGGGGGCCCCUGCUGGCCGCCCCAGCCCGCUCCUUCUAUGUGCCCCUCAAGGAUGGCCACCCCGUCGUCGACCUGGACGACGCCCUGGCCUGGCUGCAGACACUGCCCCGCGCGCUGUGGACGCUGGGCUCCGCACACCAGCAGCGCAGCGCGCAGCUCCUGCGCCAGCUGCUGGACUCGGCGCGGUGCAGCCUGCCCGGCGGCCGGCUGGCAAGGGCCCUGGCGGCCCUGCAGCCCCAGCUCCUCGUGCUCUGGGGCAGCGCUGUUGCUGCCGACACGCUGGCGCACCUGGCCGCGCCCACGCCCCUCCUGCUCCGCACCGCAGCCUGGGUGGCCGUGGCGGAGGCCUACCCGGUGGACACCGCGGAGAGGCUGGUGUCCAACGUCCAGCGCCUGCUGACCGGCGACGAGGGGGGUCCGGGUGAAGCGAGUGCAUCGAAUUCCAGCCUGCUGGUCGAUCGCCUGGUGGUCCCCCUGCUGACCUGGCAGGCGGAGGCGGGGGUGUCGCCCAGCGCCGACGCGCGCCGGCGCGAGGCGGUGCUGACCGCCGCGUGUGCGGCGCUGGUGCAGGCCCCGGGCGCGGCGCGCCUACUGUGCACCGGCGAGGCGCUGGGCCGCAUCGUCCAGCUCGGCGCGCACGGCGCGACCGCGGCGCACGGCCUGCUGCGCGCGCUGCUGGCCGCGCAGCGGGCACGGCCGGGCAGCCUGGCUGAGGAGGCCUGCGUCGCGGCGCCGGCCCUCGUGCUUGGGCCGCUGCUGGCGACGAGCGGCGAGGGAUCGGUGGACGGCGAUACCAGCGAUGCUGGGGAGAGUGAGAGCGACGAUGCCAUGCGAUGGGCGAUGACCAGCGCCGUCGAGUGCGCCGCCAUCGUCCCCAGCGCUCUGUCCGCACUCAUACAUGGCUGCGGCGGUAAAAGCAAGGGGCGCGCAACUAGAGCGGGGGGCGAGCCGGCAGCCCCUCCCACCCAGCUUCUUCACCGCCUGCGCCUGCUGCACCUCCUGCUCGAGGAUGGCGGCCUGGCGGAGGGCCUGCUUGCCUUGAGUACAGACCUCCAGACCUGCCUGGAGGCUGUUGCAGAGGAAACCGCGGCCCUGCAUGAGGCCGACCCGAGCGCCGGUUCGGCGAGAGAGUGGCUGGCGCGCUGCCGGGCGCGCGCCGAUAUACUCCUUGGUCGCUGA